GGGCCCAGCGCACCGGCAGAUCGGAGCGCGCCGCCAGCCACCCCGGAGCCCUCGGCCUCGCUCGGCGUCCCCGGCUCGCAGCACUCAGCCAUGAAGCCGCCCACGGCACAGGGCAGCUCCGCGGCCGCCGUGGCAGCAGCCCCGGCUUUGGACUCGGCGGCCGCCGCCGACCUGACGGACGCGCUGUGCGAGUUUGACGCGGUGCUGGCUGACUUCGCGUCGCCCUUCCACGAGCGCCACUUCCACUACGAGGAGCACCUGGAGCGCAUGAAGCGGCGCAGCAGCGCCAGCGUCAGCGACAGCAGUGGCUUCAGCGACACAGAGAGUGCAGAUUCGCUGUACAGGAACAGCUUCAGCUUCAGUGACGAAAAGCUGAAUUCCCCGACAGACGCCGGCCCCGCCCCGCUCUCUCCCACUGUCCCUCCUCGGAGAGCCAAAUUAGGAGACACAAAGGAGCUGGAAGACUUCAUUGCCGAUCUGGACAGAACAUUAGCAAGUAUGUGAAGCAAGGAGUUCUGGCUCUCGUGUCAUCAAAGAGGAGCGCCAGGGAGCCAGGAGAGCCUGGGAGAGCCAGCUCCAGGGACGGUGGCAGAGCGGGUGAGAUGACUUCACCUCCAAGUCAGCCCUUGCACCCCUCUCCUGGCCCGGGUGAAACUGACUUUGUUUACCUGCUUGCAGCAUGUUAGAACACUUGAUCCAGCCUAAUAUUGUGUUUUAAAACAUGGCUUUCCUAUAACUUAAAGUGCUUUUAUGAAAAUAUUUGUAAUUAAUUAUAUAGAGUUGGAAAUAGUGAUAAGCUUUUCCCAUUAUAAUAUAUUUUUGUAUACAAAUAAAAUUUGAACUGAAA